UUAGCAUAAAGAACCUAAAAGACAUUGCAGUCAAAGUUAAAACAUACAUUAAUGGCCAAGAAACGCAGCGUUACGUUUUACCUGGCAACGCUUCUCAUUUCAAGCAUACCUUUGUGUUGUCAUACAACAUUUCAUAAUGAAAGCACCGAAAAUCCCUCGGAGAAACUUUUGGUUGCAAAAAGUCAGUGUUUAUCAAGCUGUAGACUUCACACGGAAUAUGACAAGACUCUCUCAGAGAGCCGUGCUCCGCAGGAUGUGAGAGACAGUGACUGCUACCGAAACUGCAUUCAGUCGACUAUGAAAGGUCAACAAUCAAAUAAAGGAAAGAAAAGGAGCACGAUGGACGUACCGCCCAAAAAUGAAAAAUACGAUUGUCCUUUGGAUACGGAAAUAGCUGAACGAAGACUUGGAGAUAUUCAAAACCUGUCGGUAGUAUUUCUACAAGAGAAGGGAAAAGAUGGCAAUGUGACCUGGGUUGCAAAUGUAACCUGGGAUGUUUUCUUAAAUGAAAGCCUGUACUUUUCUGACGAAUGGAGGGGAUUUCUCAUUUUAUGGGUCAACAAAGAAUCAAUAACAACCCCGACCAUACAAGAAAACUACUGUCGAUUCAACUAUAAGAACAACACUAAUUUCAUUAUCAAGUCUGGACCAACUGAAUGGGCAUAUCCUGAUGCAAUCGAUAUUGGUGUUUUAAUUUAUCCUCCAACGGAAGAUGAUGUAAAUGGAUUAGAUCUUGUUACUUUUGAUCCUAAAGUUCCUAAAGAAAAUGGAACAAAUGCAAGCAGUCCUUUCUCUACACCUACGCCUUCGCCUACUACACAGCCUCUUUAUCCUUUUCUAUCGAUAUUCUUCGGCUGUUUUUUAGGAAUCACGGCAGUUUGCUUUGCGUUGUAUCUGACAUGGAAAAGGCGAAUUAAGAAUGGAAACGGUGUACGAGAUCAAGAAAACUUUGAAUACGAUGCAUCCAUCUUAUACAGUACUCUAGAUGAAGAAUGGGUAACUGGGGAGCUUAUUCCUUUACUGGAGACACAACACAAUUUCAAGUGUUUUAUACAUUUCAGAGAUUUUGAGGUCGGCAAAAUACUUCACGAGAACAUGGCUAACGCCGUUUAUAAGUGCAGGAAGAACCUGGCGGUUGUUUCGAAAAACUUUUUGAAUAGUAAUUACUGUAAAGAGGAGCUGAGUAUGGCACUGGAACGCGUACAGAGGUGCGGAGAUUAUUCACUCAUAGUCGUGAACUUGGACGGUGUAUCCAAGGACCAGCUACCAAGAGCACUAUUGACAAGAACAUUUGUGAACUUAACGAAUUCACAAGAACAAAAUACUUGGAAAAACAGACUUGUGAGACAAAUUAGUGUUGAAGAGGAGAGCGCAUCCCAAGCUCAAACUCCACAAAGAUCUAUCGUGAGACUCGAGAGUAACAUGACGACAUCGGUCGUGCAAGAGGGAGACACACGCCGAAAUGAAAGUGUAAUUUAGAAACGGGUGUGAUGAUAAAAAAAAGUCUUUAUUAAUAAGUUGCAUACGAAGCGGGAAGACGCGCACUAUGGGUGAUGUGAAUGAUCGAAAGGUAACAUGUCAAUCGUCGAACUUCACAUGAGUCGAACCUAAUGACAUCAAAGAAGACCGUCUUGUUAUCCAUUGCUUCAAUUUUGUUUCGUCCCAGAUCUGCACUAGCGCAAUAGUGCAGACUCUGGGAACGAGAAUGGGUUGACACUCGGAGCAGUCGGACUGACGUGACAACCGAACCAAACAUAUCUCGUAUAGAACACUUUGUAAAAACACUAUGUACAUGAAAUGAGUAUCACUUGCAAAUUUAUCAUACAGAUUAAGACACUUAUCUAAUUAUAAUCAUUUUGAGAUACAUUGAUAUAACAGCAGAGCCAAUGAUUUGUCAGACAGAUUAAGACACUCAUCUAAUUAUAAUAAUUUUGAGAUACAUUGAUAUAACAGCAGAGCCUAUGAUUUACAGUGCAAACAAUAUAACCGUGAAACUUUAGUAACACUAAAUAGCACAAUUUCACAAUUUCGUUCAUGCAAAUUCCAUUGUUUUCUAUUGUUUAAUUAGCACAAUUUUGUACUAUUUAGUAAUUAGUGUUUCACGGAUUAAUUGUUUGCACUCUAUCAGACAGAUUAAGACACUUAUCUAAUUAUAGUAAUUUUGAGAUACAUUGAUAUAACAGCAGAGCCAAUGAUUUUACAAAUCUGAAUAGCUGGUUAAAAAAAUAUUGAACUAAAUAUCGCAAUAACUUGUAAAUACAAAUCUGUAUUAUAACUGUUAUUUUGAGCACAUACUACCUACCUACGAAAAUACAACAUAAGUGAUUUAGUGGGAUAGGAAUUAUAUUAAAAAACAAAAGAUCACUGAAGCUGAACUUUUUCCUUUGUCUUUUAAUGUAUUCCUUUCUCACUA